CGGUACAUGGUGAAACAGCUGGAGACGGGAGAAGUGGAUAUUGUGGAAUUGAAGAAGAACUUGGAAUAUACCGCUUCGUUGCUUGAAGCUGUCUACAUCGAUGAGACCAGGCAGAUUUUGGACACGGAAGAUGAGCUCCAGGAGAUCAAGUCAGAUGCGGUACCCUCCGAGGUGCGGGACUGGCUGGCCUCCACUUUCACCCAGCAGACGCGGGCCAAGGGGCGCCGUUCGGAGGAGAAGCCCAAGUUCCGCAGCAUCGUUCACGCCGUGCAAGCCGGCAUCUUUGUGGAAAGGAUGUUCCGUCGGACGUACACAGCUGUGGGGCCCAACUAUUCCCAAUCCGUCAUCAACUGCCUGAAGACUCUUGACCUCUGGUGUUUUGACGUCUUUGCGCUGAACAGGGUGAGUGAGGACCACGCUUUGCGCACAAUUGUCUUCGAACUGCUCACCCGCCACAACGUGAACAGCCGCUUCAAGAUUCCCACAGUGUACCUCACGACCUUCCUCGAUGCGCUGGAGGCCGGCUACGGGAAAUACAAGAACCCUUACCACAACCAGAUACACGCCGCCGACGUCACCCAGACCGUACACUGCUUCCUGCUUCGCACCGGCAUGGUGCACUGCCUGACAGAAAUUGAGAUCUUGGCCAUUAUCUUUGCAGCUGCAAUCCACGACUAUGAGCACACGGGUACCACCAACAGCUUCCACAUCCAAACCAAGUCUGACACGGCCAUUUUGUACAAUGACCGCUCCGUGCUGGAGAAUCACCAUAUCAGCGCCGUCUUCCGCAUGAUGCAGGAGGAGGAGAUGAAUGUCCUCGUCAACUUGAACAAGGACGAGUUCAUGGAACUCCGGUCGCUUGUGAUUGAAAUGGUUCUGGCGACGGACAUGUCCUGCCACUUCCAGCAAGUCAAGUCUGUGAAAACCUCCAUUCAGCAGCUGGAACGGAUCGACAAGGCAAAAGCUCUUUCCUUGCUGCUGCACGCAGCCGACAUCAGCCACCCCACCAAGCAAUGGACGGUGCAUUCCCGAUGGACCAAGGCGCUCAUGGAAGAGUUCUUCCGACAGGGGGACAAAGAGGCUGAGCUGGGACUGCCCUUCUCCCCACUGUGUGAUCGUACCUCCACGCUGGUGGCCCAGUCGCAGAUAGGUUUCAUUGAUUUCAUCGUGGAGCCCACCUUUGCAGUUCUGACCGAUGUGGCGGAGAAGAUGGUCAUUCCCUUGGUGGAGGAAGGCUCCAAGAACAAGACCUCUGCCCAACAGAGCAGCUCCCACUGGCGUCAGCCCUCCGUGGACGAGCACGCCGAGCUGGGAGACAUCAACGCCGACAUCAACAGCUUCCGCUCCACUUGGUCGAAGUACAUCCAAGAGAACAAGCAGAAGUGGAAGGAGCGAGCAGCCAGCGGUAUGGACCGACAGCAGGGCAAAAUAUAG